AAUUCCAUUCGGAUAACGUCACGGGGGAGGACUCUGCUUUAAGUGUCAAAAUUUUGUGUGUUGCUCUUACGCCCUAUCGAAAAUGCGUCAAUCCAUUCCGAUCCAUUCCAGACGCUAUUGGGUGGCCUUGAGGCCUGGCCUCCACCACCUGCACCACUUCCCACAGCCAGUGCCACAGACGCGUCCGAAUUUCUGGAAUUGCCGACAGGCGGAGACUCAAGAGCAAGGCCAGCGGAACAACCAACCACAGUCGCAGUCCAUUGGGUCAGUCGAAAACAGACAGACCUCUUUUGCAGCGCCUGGGUCUGUGUCCGCGGCAGCUGACGAUGAUCCAGGGAGACGAGUGGAGUUGUUUAUGCGACGAUGCUAUAUGUCGGCUGGGAUGAUGGUGGCCGUCGCAUCCUGGCAGUGGAUGAUCAUGUCGCUAACGCUUACGCCGAAUGUCCACUAUGUAUUGGCCGGAUUUCUCUGCCUGCUGGUGGCCUUACUUACGCUCUUCGUGCUAAGCAUCUUUGUGCGGCUGCGGAAGAACUUCUGGUUCAGUUGGACUCUGGCAUCGAUAUUCGUGGAGCUGACCACGAUGGGUGUGAGCCUGCUUCUGGUAAAGCUUACCCUGACGACCGCUAACCUGACACUUAUUGUCUCCUUGACGCUGCUCGUGUUUUGCUACUCGCUGGGCGCCUGGGUGCCAAUGUCCCAACUGCCCGGAGAGAUCACGAUGUGCAUAUGCCUGAUCGCUUUCUCGGUGUCGAGCAUCAUUGUGACUUGGCUGUACAUAGCCUUUGAUAGUCCUGUAUAUCAUUCUAUAUACUUUUCGUUGUUGUGUGCGAUACUAGUACCCGCGUCCGUGUACAAUGCAGAGAUCGUUCAUGGCAGACGCUACUAUAUGCCGCCACAUGAGUUUGUGUAUUGUGCCAUUUCGGUUUAUGUCCAUGCCAUAAUGUUCUUUGUGUCUAUUUAUUUUCUUAUGUAUCCACAUGAAAUGCGUCGUAGAGCAUGACCAUAUCUACUAGAUUGCCGAAUCUGGAUCAGAUCGGAUCAUUAUUGUAUCCGGAAAGAACAAAUAAAUCUUCAGUGGCUACGGAAACCCCUUUCAGCGCCCCCUGGCCGAGGGAAGUGUGAUAUAACGGCUGAUGUUGGUGUAAAAAGAGAAAUGGAAAGACAUAUAUUGCGAAAAAAAACAGUAGCAGACAAUAGGUAGGUCAUUAGAAGGAAAGGGGAUAAAGAAAGUACAAGAAUUAACAUUAGAGCAUAAAUAGUGGUCGAAAUUUUAAGACAAGUGCGGGAAAGAGAGAUAUGCGGACCACAUCUACCCGCAUUAAACAAAAAAUCAAUUCCGAUAAAAGACAUUUAUCGGCAUUCAUCCACUGCGAUUCACCCGC